GGCGUCGGCCGUGGCCGCCACUUGCGAGCGCCACGUGUGGCAUCUUUCCAAAGGGGCCCGCGCGCAGCGGCCGGCGCGCCCGUCGGGGGGGAUCGCGCCGGGCGCGGGGCACGAUCGGCGGCGGCGGCGGCGCGGCGGAGCCCGGGGCCGUGGAUGCUGCGUGCGGAGGCGCCGCUGCCGGUUACGUAAAAGAUGAGGGGCUGAGGUCGCCGCGGCUCUCCCGCGAGUCGGAAGCGCCCCGCGCGCCCCCGCCCCCUUGGCCGCCGCGCCGCGCCGCGCCGCGCUCGUCGUCGUCCGAGACCAGGGCAGGGCGAGCCGAACCUCCGCAGCCGCCGCCGCCGCCGCCGCCAAGUUCGGCCCGCACCAUGUCCGCGGCCGCCUACAUGGACUUCGUGGCCGCCCAGUGCCUGGUGUCCAUCUCCAACCGCGCCGCGGUGCCCGAGCACGGGGGCGCCCCGGACGCCGAGCGGCGGCGACUCCCCGAGCGCGAGCGCAGCGCCGAGCACGGCGACCCGGGCGACACCUGGAAGGAUUACUGCACGCUGGUCACCAUCGCCAAGAGCUUGCUGGACCUGAACAAGUACCGGCCCAACCAGACCCCGUCGGUGUGCAGCGACAGCCUGGAGAGCCCCGAUGAGGACCUGGGAUCCGACAGCGACGUGACCACCGAAUCUGGGUCGAGUCCUUCCCACAGCCCCGAGGAGAGACAGGAUCCUGGCGGCGCGCCCAGCCCGCUCUCCCUCCUCCACCCCGGAGUGGCCGCCAAGGGGAAGCACGCCUCCGAGAAGAGGCACAAGUGCCCCUACAGCGGCUGCGGGAAAGUCUACGGCAAAUCCUCCCAUCUCAAAGCCCACUACAGAGUGCACACAGGCGAGCGGCCCUUCCCCUGCACGUGGCCAGACUGCCUUAAAAAGUUCUCGCGCUCCGACGAGUUGACCCGCCACUACCGGACCCACACGGGGGAGAAGCAGUUCCGCUGCCCGCUGUGUGAGAAGCGCUUCAUGCGGAGUGACCACCUCACCAAGCACGCCCGACGCCACACCGAGUUCCACCCCAGUAUGAUCAAGCGGUCGAAAAAGGCUCUGGCCAACCCCUUGUAAGGUGCUGCCCACGGAAGCCAGGGAGGGAUGGACCCCAGAUAGACGAACCGACUCCCCACAAGCGGACAGAUGGACCCGUGAAAAUCAAGCCCCAGCAGAGACGCCCCUCGACGGCCAGCCCGGCCCAGGCAUCCUGGAGCCCGGGCCCUCUUCAGAGCCCCUCUCCCUGCAUUGUUUUUUAAAAGCACAUUGUAGCCUAAGAUCAAAGUCCACACUUGGUCCCCUUACAGAGGCAGCUCUCAGUGUCUCUGACUUCUGGAGGGAAGGCAAAGGCUUUUUUUCUCUUUCUUUCACUCUCUCUCUCUCUCUCUCUCUCUCUCUCUCUCUCUCUCUGUCUCUCUCUCUGUCUCUCUCUCUCUGUCUCUCUCUCUUACUCUUUUACUCUCUCUCUCUCUCUCUUGUUCUCUCACUCUCUCCUCUCCUCUCUCCUCCCUUUCUCUCUCUCUCCUCCCCACUUUCCCUCUCUCUCCUUUAUUCUGGGGGAGGGGUGAUGGGGGGCCUGGGGGAGGGGAGUCCGUCCCAGACUGGGGUUAGAAUUUCCAAGAUUCAACACUGGUGUACAUAUGUCUGACGGGGUGCAUUGGACCUGUGGCUCCCACAGCGAUUCUGGGCACUUCCUGCUUGCCGUCUCAGAAUUUUUUUUUUUUUCUUAGCCUUUCAAUGUAACGACGAGUGUGCUUCCGUUUCUUUAGCAAAACCACUCUCUUGAAUCACGUUAACGUUUGAGAUUACAAACCGCCAUAGCACAGCUGUCUUUAUGCAAGCAAGAGCACACCUACUCCAGCAUGAUCUGUCAUCUAAAGACUCGACAACCAACCAACCAACAAAAGUUACUUCUAGUCCAUGGGUAAGCGGAGUCUGAGUUUCUACGAAUGGAGACAAGCCUGGAAAAAGGUCACACUAAGUACAGAACUUUCCGAACCUUGCUUCGUAUGAAUUGUACUUUCUCGAGCAUAAGCUGCACUUUUUAUUUUCUAAUGCAGAGGAUGAAUACGUUAAAUACAUGCUUUAAGGAUAGUAGCAGACAUUUUGUUUGGAACCAUGUUAUAAUCUGCUUCUUUUAUAGCGUCCCCAUUUCCCUAAGAAAUCAUGGCAGAGAUGUGAGGGCAGAAUCUUACAACAGAUGCUGAAGGAGAAGGAGGGUAGUGUUUCAUUUUUUUUUUUACGUUAAAAAAACCAAGCAGUUAACUCUAUUAACCGUUCCCAAAUGUCCAAUCCUUUAGUUUAGCAUCCUCCGAACUGUACCACAACGCCACAAUGGGAGCCGGUCUUGGAGUCUGUUGGGAUUUCUUUGAAUGGGUACCCAACAAUCACGAGUUCUGGAAACACCUAUUUUGGGGGGGGAGGGGGGAGAAGGUUUGCCGAUCUCCAUCCCGUGUCCCUACAAAACUCCCAUAUCAGGUGCAAGAGUUAUGCAAAAGGAAAAGGGAGAGGAAAUGUGAAAAGGAAAACUAUAUUCCUAUCAGUCGUGAGUGCCAAGAGAAAAUACCACAGUGACGGUGAUCUCAGGGGAACCUCAUCAACAUCCUCCCGUUCGGAGAGAGGAAGCACAUAUAGAACAUGGCAGGCUGAAAACACAUCACUGUACCUUUUCCGCCCGGAGCCUCACCACUAUCUGUCUUGUAUCCAGGUGUCUAGUAAUGGCCUAAACCACUACAUCCACAAUAUGCCAUGUACCUGAAAACUUCACUCUUGGCCUUUCCCAGAGGCCAGAAAAGAAACUUGAGUUUUCAGAGGCAAGGAAAAACCUCAAACAGGGGAGUCAGCAGUGAUCGUGGGGGAAAUGUUUACAUUUAUUUUUUUUCUUUCAGAAAUAAUACUUUCUGACAAUUUUAUCUGAUCUGUCAAACAGGGAGCUCCGGUGCACUCGAGUUUAUGCAUGUGCUGGCAAAUAUAUUGUGUCAACGUAGGGUGCUACCUCUCAGUGAACCCGUUAGCUCACUGACACACCUGCUCAUUUCAGGUUCAGAAGCAGUGUAGACACCUGCGGCAGGCAUGGGUCACAGCUGACUCCGACUUCCAAUACAAUAGCCAUCACUAGCACGGUGUGUGUUUUGAUUUUCUUCUCUUUUUUCUUCUUCUUUUUCUCGUCUAACCGACCUAGUUGCAUUAGUGGUUCUAUAAAGAGAACCUGCUUUUAACAGUAGGACUGGGCGCAGUCCGUGGGAGAAAACGAAAAGUGUUUUCUCACGGGAAAACACGUCAGGAAAAAUAAAAGAACACUUUCUACCUCUGUUUCAGAUUUUUGAAACGCUUAUUUUAAACCAAAUUUUAAUUUCUGUGUCCAAAAUGAGUUUUCAGGACAUCUGUUCUUCCAUAUGAAAUAGGUUCGGCUGCCUGUUUCUGUCUGAUCUGCACUCACGGAAUGGUUCUGCUUGUGGUCCUCUACGCGCUGCCUUUUAGUGAGUGAGGAACUUGGGGUUGCCUAGCAACCCCCAAACUUGUACAAACUCAUUCUUCCCUCACCGAGAGAAACGAAGGAAAACCAAGCAAAGUCAGUGAAAGACAAUCUUUGUAGUUUCUGAAGCAAAUCUAUACGUGGCUUUUGUCCAGCACUUAGAUGGAUGUCAAUUCAGCAACUUCUUUAAAAUCAUGCACAAUUUUCUCCCCACCCCCCCAGAGUUGCUACUUGCCUUUUCAAGUUGUUGAAGAACACACAUUUGAUAUUCUCUUAUAUGUUAGAGUAAUGUAACGUAUCAACUCAAGGCUUUUUAUUCUCGUGAUGAAUCCUGUUUCAAAAUGUCACGAAACAGGAACCAGCAUUCUAAUUAGAUUUACUCUAGCAAGAUAUGGUUCAAAUAGGACUACUAGAGUUCGUUGAACACUAAAACUUUGAGACAAACUUUUUAUAUUAAAAAGACCAUGGAUUUAACUUAUGAAAAUCCAGAUGCAGGAUAGUAAUUUUUGUUUACUUUUUUAACCAAACUCAAACUUUUGAAAGACUGUUGCAGGGGUUUCAAAAAGAAAGAGAAGUUGUUAUAUCUAAUAUUGUAAGUAGUUGACCUAUUCUGGAAAAUUAAAUAGUUUUAGAGUUAAGAGAACUCCUCUCCUUGGUUAGGGAAGAAGAAAGCCCUUCACCAGUGUGGAAUGAUGCCCUGGCUUUAAGGUCUAUAGCUCUACAUCAUGCUUCUUUUGAAAAUUAUAUUUGGUAGUUAAUAAUCACAGAAAACUGGUUCUUUAGUCGGUUUGCAGGUAGACUUAGCACAGCACUCAUCACUCUGGAUAGACUGAAAUGUUCUUUCACAACAGAUGAAUGAUCUGUAACACUGUAAGAUACUGAUCUUUACAACUGUUUAAUCAGUUUUAUUUUUGUACAGUAUUAGUGACCUAAGUUAUUUUGCUGUCCCGUUUUUGUAAAUCAAAUGAAAUUAUAAAAGAGGAUUCUGACAGUUGGUAUUUUGUACAUAUGUAUAUAUGUUGUCCAAAUAAAGAUAAUAAAAACAAUAAAGAUUGGA